AUGCGGGCAAUGUUGUUGUGGACUAUUAAUGACUUUCCAGCUUAUGCUAAUUUGUCCGUUUGGAGCACUAAAGGGGAUCUUGCAUGCCCUAAUUGUCAUUUAGAUACACAAUCUCAUUAUUUGAAGCAUGGACACAAGUAUUUCUAUAUGGAACAUCGAAGGUGGCUACCAGAAGAUCAUAAAUGGAGGCUUAAUAAGAGGUCGUUUGGUGGGAAAGUGCAAAGGAGUCCUCCUCCCAAUCAUCUAACAGGGCAUGAUGUGAUGGAGCAAUUAACCGGAUACUCAAAUGUAGAGUUUGGAAAAGAGGUUAAUGGAAAACGUAAGAGAGGAACAAUUCUUGAUUUAACGGGAAAGAAUAAGGACUCUCUGAAUGCUCGAUUGGACUUAGCAGACAUGAAAAUGCAUGACAAGUUACGUGCAAAGUCACUUGGGAAUAAUAAAUGGGCAAUGCGAACAUUUAAGUCAUUUGUGCGGAACAAAGCUCACCCGGAAGCUUCAAUUGCUAACGGGUACAUUGAAAUGGAAUGUCUGACAUUUUGCUCGAGAUAUAUGUCUAAGAUUGAGACGAUAUUCAAUCGCCCUGAUCGAAAUAAAGACAUUAGCCAUUCUCAACCGUAUAACUUGUCCAUCUUCUCUAGAAUGGGCAAGCCUUUGGGGAAGACUAGUCUAAGACAAAUGACUGUUGAAAAGAGACGAGAAGCUCAACUUUAUGCAUUGUUUAACUGUGAUGAAGCACGACCUUUCUUGACUGAGUAUGAAAACGAGCCGAUCUCUCAAAAAAUUGACCUUUGCAAGUGGUUUGAAAAUAGAUGGUUAACUAUUAAUGACAUAUAUAUUAAAAAGCUUUGGAAAGAAGAGGAUCCUAGAGUUAUCGAAGAGUUGUUAUGUUUAGCUCGUGGACCGAUGAAAAAAGUUGUCCCUUUUGAUGGAUAUGUCAUUAAUGGAUUUAGAUUUCACACCAGAAAACGACAAAGAAAUCGAAAAACUCAAAAUAGUGGUGUAGUUGUGAAAGGAGACGAGGAAAGCGGACAAAAGGAUUUCUAUGGGAUUUUAGAGGAGGUUGUUGUGCUAGAGUAUGAUGCCUUAAAGAAUCGAAGUAGUCCCAAAAUUGUGUUGUUUAAGUAUAAGUGGUUUGAUGUGUUCGAUGAGAGAGGGAUCAAAAAAUGUAAUUUAGGAGCAGUGCUUAUCAAUGUUCAUCGGAGGUUGAAAACCAAUGAGUCAUUUGCAUUAGCUUCUCAAAUUGAGCAAGUGUUCUAUGUAGCUUGUCAUAAUGAACCACAAUGGAGAUUUGUUAUUAAAGCUAAUCCACGAAACUUUUUCGAUUUCCCUAUUGACGAAGAUUCUCAAGAAAUGGAACCAUUAUGGGAACAUGCACAAUCACAUGUACCCAACUAUGAAGAUAAGCAAGAUGGAGAUAUCCCUUUAGUGAGAAAUGAUGUUGAAUUUGAGGUGGUUGAUGCUCAUAUUGUAGAUGAUAAUCGUAUGAAUGAAAUAGAUGGUGAACAUGAGGAGAAUGAAGAUGAUGAAGAAAGUGAGGAUGAGUUUUUCGAUACAGAGUCUAUCUUGCAAGAUUUUGACAAUGAUCUUGAUGACGAGGGAUAUGAAAGUGACAACUCUACUGAUUCACCAACUAGUGAAUGA